GUUCACUUGUUCACUUGUUCACUUCACCACUUGUCCACUUUUCCACUUUUCCACUUGUUCACUUGUUCAUUCGUCCAUUUACCCACUCGUUCACUCAAUUGCUCGUGCGCUCAGGACUCUAGACAUUGGCUAUACCCCUUCUUGACUGGCUUUACGCAUGUUCCGUGGAACUAGACACUAAUGUCCUUCACCGAUUAUCAUACAUUGGGUUUCACUUCUUUCAGAAGCAUAAUAGAAUCAGAGCGAAAUCAAUAUGUGGGUAAACCCAAACCUUGUCCCCCAAAGUCUCAGAUUCAAUGUUUUGAACGACACUGCAAGCUUUUGAAAGGACUACCCGUAUCAAACCAGAUGCCUCGGACCACCAAACGACGGUAUGUCAAGGCACAGGCCAACGUUAGGAUAUUGUACCAAGAGCUUCCGUCCGACCUUUUUGUUUUGAUUCUGUGCAAGAUUUCCCUGAAAACACUAUGUGACUUCGAGAAAGAAUGGGUUGGUUGGUUUAAGACAUGGUGGGCUAGCAAGGAGAAACCAGAAGGUCUAAGCUGGUUUGCGUUGAACUUGUGUCAGCGUUUCAAGCUCACAUAUCGCGGACAAGAUGACUCUACUUCUACUCCUAACAUUAAAGGACCUGAAGGUCCGAAGGAUAACUCUCACAGUAAUGAGGAGUCCGCCGUACGUGACCAGAAAAAGCAAGAGGACAACGAUAACAUGAAAUUGGGCUCAGCCAUCAAACACCACUUAGGUCUACCUUUAGACCAACCGAUUAAAUCCACCGUUUCCCUCGAACGGGACGAAUUCCUCCACAUCGUUGACUCUUGCGAAAUGUCUUCUGACGGCGAUAUAUCUGACCAGCAAGCGGACUAUGACAUUCGUGCCUUAGCUCCUCUCAUUCGCCGAGCAGCCAGCUCAUCCGAUGUGAAGAUGACAUGCCCUUGGUAUGGCGGUCCAAGCAUAGAAGUUACCAUGAAACUCAAUGUGUCUUUAUCCUUCGGAGAACAGUUGGUGCGUUACAGAGUAGCUUAUGCACCGACUGGCCUGAAAAACCAAACCAUUGGUCUCCCAUAAAAUCGAAAGUUUUGACCGUUCUUCAGCCAAGCGACAGAAUAUUUCUCAUCAAACUGAGGCCCCGUCAUCAGUGUCAACACGCACUCUCCUGACCGCUCAUGGAUUUGAAUCCUGCCACCUCGUCCAUUUUCUUUGACUAGGAUAGCGGAAGCGACAGGCCAGGAAACACUCUCGAAGUCCGUAAUGGUAGCCUCUUCAUCAUCAAAAGUGACUGAUUCGCCGGUCUUUGCCUCCACCGAUUUCACGAGCGAUUCUUUGUUUAGAUUUUCAAAGUUGAAAUGUGUCAAAUCAAUCUUUUGGUUUGACUGACUUGACAUUUUGGCAAAAUUAUCGAGAAAAGGUCAACGCUAGCAAGUAUAGAUAUUGACAGGUACUGUUGAUUCUGCAUGAAUUAGAAUAUCAUAUAUUGAUGAUGAGUGAGAUAAGGAACUUGCCUAGUCUUGAACUUAUUGAAGUCGGUCUUUUACAAGUAGAAUAUUGUAUCGUGAUGUCUGCAGGAGUCAGACAACGACAGUUGCCCCUCCUCACUUUUCUUCUGCCCCACUUCGGGAACCAUUGGUGCGUGGCUUUGUCAUCCGCCCAAUGACCAAUGAGUGGUAGCUGAGCGAAAUGUCGCUCAGCAUAUUGUAGAAGCUCCAUCUCUUUGUCACUUUAUUCAAGAGAAUAUUAGGUCCUGCUUCAUAAAUACACUAUGCACGAGAGCAUAUACUGUUAUGUGGAAA